GAGUCCUGAAAGCUGAGCCACCGAAGUGGGGGUGACCAGCAGCACGGUGGACACUCCAGCUCAGUUCUCCACUAAAGCUGCACUGCCCUACCAAAAGGAUGAAGGUCUCUGUGGCUGCCCUCUUUCUCUUCCUCCUCGCCCUCACCGUGACUUCUGCUUCAUACAGCCAGCCAAAAAUCCCUGAGUCAGUGAACCCUCCACCCACCUGCUGCCUGAAGCAUAUUGAGAAACCUCUGCCAAAGAAACUGGUGGUGGGAUACAGACAGGCCCUCGCCUGUAGCCUACCAUCAAUCAUAUUUGUCACCAAAAGGAGCCAAGAAGUCUGUGCCAACCCCAAUGACAAAUGGGUCCAAGAUUACAUCAACGACCCCAACAUACCUUUGCUGCCUCCCAAGAACUCGGCCUUGAAGACAGAAUAGAGAAGAGCCUGCUCUAGCUUCCCAACUCCCCAUGAUCAUCAGGCAUCCAUGGAGGCCCAGCUUUGGGGAGGAAAGAAUAAGUCUCUAUAAGAACAUGAGUAAUUAUGGUCAGAGAAAUAAGCCAAUGACCAAAAAUAAAGAAAAAACGUUUUUAGGUUAUCUCA